UUGGUCGAGCUGCCUCGGUGGGCGGAUUUUCGUCGAUGGUGGAAGUGGUGUUACUUUGUGACAAUGUUCAUUGUGGGUACUUUGCAGGGGCUGCUCGGAGGAGUGAGCGCGCAGCGGAGAGCCUCUCUCUUCCAGCCGAACGACGAGGCUCGCAGCUCCGGACCGUGUGCUCUGUGCUAAACCCGAAACAUUCAACAAUAAUCUUUUUUUAAUUUUUUUUUUUUUUUAAUUUAAUCCAGACCUUACUUUUUUUUUUUUUUUAAAGGUAAUCACCUAAGAGUGUCCAUCCAUGGCGUUUUGUGGCAUUCGCUCUACUAUGUAGCAUUUCGGAAGACGUGCUUGCAAGCUGGAAAACGCAACAACGAACAUCAUUUGAAACAACAAAAAAAAGAUAUAAGAAAAAAAAAACCAACCAAAAAAAAAAAGAAUUUUUUUUUGUAGACUUGAUUUCAUGGAUCCUAUGACCAGAGAGGACUUGGUUUGGUUCUGACUCUCGGGAGGCGCGAGUGAAAGGAAAGCUUCAGGAGAGAGAGAGAGAGAGCGGUUCCUGAAUGCAGCCUUUGAUUUGCGCGCAGCGCGAGGGACGCUAGUUGAAGCGACGGGAUCGUCUUCAGCACCUUCCUUCCUCCCCCCCUCUCGCUCUGCUCGUCUUGUCUCACCGCCCUCCCCGCCGUCCUUCUCUGACCACAGGUUAUCGGAUGGACCAGCAUCCCAGCGCCCGGAGCUGCACCAGUCGCGGGGCUUCGUCCUGCAGCGAGGCCGUCCCGACCGAGCCCUCCAUGAAUCUGUACAUCCACUCCACCACGGGCACCCGCUUCGAGCUCUCCCUACCCCUGGAGGAGACCGUGGAGGGACUGAAGAGGAGGCUGUCGCAGAGGCUCAAAGUACCAAAAGAGAGGCUUGCUCUGCUGCACAAAGAAACGCGACUAAGUUCAGGCAAACUCCAGGAUCUCGGCAUCUCUGAUGGGAGCAAGUUAACACUUGUACCAACAGUUGAAGCAGGAUUAAUGUCUCAAGCAUCAAGACCAGAGCAGUCGGUAAUGCAAGCGUUGGAGAGUCUAACGGAAACUCAGGUCAGUGACUUCCUGUCCGGCCGCUCCCCCCUCACCCUGGCUCUGCGAGUCGGUGAUCACAUGAUGUUCGUCCAGCUCCAGUUGGCGGCACAACAAUCUGGAAGUCCCCAGCUCCAGCACAGGCACCUCAUCACCCGGGGCAAUACAGAGGCCACAAUGGGUCAGCCCACAGGGCAGCCACGUGUUCCCCACACUCACCCGCACUCCCACCACCACACCCCCCAUCAUCCACACAAUCAUCCUAGCCCCCACCUAGCCCAGCCUCACGCUGUCCCUUCCUCUCCUGUUUCCCCGAGCUCCCCUUCUUUCCCCUUGCCCUCAACCCACCACCAGUCGCUCCCUCCCAUGUACCACCAGUCACCCUCCCCUGCUCAUUGUAGCCCCCCUACUCCUCCACCCCAAUCUCCUCACCCUUCCCACACCCCUGCGGGGUUUUUCCGCUCUCCAGCUCACCAUCACCACCACUACCACCAGCCCUCCUCAGGCCAACCCAGCCACGACAUCGGCCAGGUCAGCCCUGUAGCUCCGGUCCUCUGUCCUGAGGCUAACUGCAGCCCCAGUAGUGGCACUAGUUCCUUGCCACGCUCAAGAAAACCUGGUGCCAUCAUUGAGAGCUUUGUCAACCAUGCUCCUGGAGUCUUCUCAGGGACUUUUUCAGGCACUUUGCACCCUAACUGCCAGGACAGCAAUGGGCGUCCAAGACGGGAUAUCGGUACCAUCCUACAGAUCCUCAACGACCUCCUGAGUGCUACACGCCACUACCAGGGCAUGCCCCCGUCCCUCACCCAGCUCCGCUACCAGACCCAGUGUGGCUCACCCACCUCCCCAUCUUCCUCACCGCCCCCUUCGCCUCCAGUUGCUGGCAUGACAGGUCUCUCUGCCAAAGCUACCUCUGUGCCUGCUGGCAGCCCUAGCAGCCCCCCACCGACUCUUCAUCCACUGGUGCAGUGCCAGAGCCAGAUCCGCAUGUGCAAACCCCCCGGUGACCGCCUGCGUCAGACUGAAAAUGUCAAGUUGUAUGCAUGGAGCGAUCGCCUACGUCAGACUGAAAACCGUGCAACGCGCUGUAAGGUGGAGCGUCUGCAGCUGUUGAUGCAGCAAAAGCGUCUGCGCAGGAAGGCCAGGCGGGACCAGCGCGCGCCGUAUCAGUGGCUGCCCAACCGCAAGGCCGGGCGCAGCAACAGCAACAGCAGCAUGUCCAGCGAGGGCUCCCUGGAUCUGGACUUUGAGGAUUCCGUGUGGAAGCCUGACGUAAAGGCCGACUUGAAGUCUGAAUUCGUCAUGGCUUGAUCAUGUGUGACUUGCCCCACCCCCGUUUCAAGAUUUGGAGAUGUACGGAGCAUUUCUUGGGAUUUUACAUGGAGAUAUAUUAUGGAUGGAGAGUACUGGUUAACCGCAAAGAGGAAAUCAAAGUUGUCCUUGUGACUGUUAUCUGUCACAUGGGGGGGAAGCCUCCCUGCAGACCUUAAUCCCAUUCUGUCCUUCACAGCUGACAUUGUGAAAAGCAGCAACAAUAGCAAAAGAACUUUGAUGUGAUGCUUGGAUUUGGACAGGCAACAACUGGACUUCACAGUGUCCAAGACUUUUCCCCUUUUAAAAGGUGUGAUACCUGAGAUCACACCUGGACUUGAGCAUAGCAGAAUUGAGUAGGUGGGUGGUGGUUCCUUUUCUGAAUUAUUCUUAUUUUUUACAUUUUUCAAGUGCACUCUGGGCAGAAAUGAAGAAAUCCACACUGGACUUCUGAACAAGACGGGAGCAACAGAGACUGUGGAAUUUACCAAUGGGCAUUCUUAUUGUUCUCAAAACUAACCAAUUAGAGUCCAGUUUGUUUGCUGUUACUGAGUGGUUAAACUCCUGUUUUUUUUCUUCUUCUUUUUUCCACUUUUAACCAUAUUAUAUUUUAUAAACAAAAUAAUAUGUAGCAUUGUUCACAAAGCAUUCAGGUUUUCAUAUAACAGUUCAAAGUAGUUGUUUAUUUGCACAUGAUCUUGAUUUAAAACAGCUGGUCAAAAUGUGCAAGGAGGAGGAGGAGGGGCCUAAUAAAGAAAAAAAAGGAAUAUUGAAGUAUUGAUAUCAACCUCAGUGAUAUAGGGUAUCGAUAGGAAUGACUAAUAAAUAAACAAGAUGAAUUAAUAUUAAGAGAAAGUGCUUUAGAGGAUUUUAAAAUCUUUGAAAUAUAUCAUAGAAAACUCUAUUUUUGUUUCUCUUCCUAUCUGCUGUUUUCAAAAAACAGCAGCCCUCUGUGGCUUUAGUCAACGUACUGAGUGCCAGCAAAAAUAUGUGCAUCCAUUCAACCAUUUGUCAGGUCAUUUGUGAAUCGUUUCGUCUUGCCACAACAAAACGAGACAGUAAGACAAUUGUCAUCCGGCCUGGCUGAUGUUGUGCAAACCUGAAUGGAGCUGCUGAGGAAUUUGUAGUUUGUGUACAUAAAUGUGACAAUUGGCAAAUGUUUAUGAGGGUGUGUUUGACAGUUUUUUCAAUUUAACUUGGACUAUUCCAAUUUUUUUUUUGUCUAGUUGUCUUUUCCCAUAAUAACCCCAGAUUGUAUUCUCAACAUUGUAAAAAAAAAAAAAAGUUGCUGCUGUUCAAAGCACUGGCUACAAAUAAUUAUCACAAGAAAUUAGAAGUUCCACUUUUAGGCCCUUUGGAUGUUCCUAUUUAUCACAAGUUCUAAGAAAAGGAAAAGCAGUGGCAUCAUUUUUCUGGCUUCAAUAUCCAGUGCCUGCACCAGUAUAUCCAUUGACAUAUCAGGUUAGGCCUUUUAUUUUUAUUUUUUUUACAGUUUUGCUGCUACAUAUGGGGAAUUAAAAUGAUGGGGGGUGGGGGUGGGGGAUAAAACAAAAGCAAGAGAGGAAAAAGUGACUUUUUUUUGCAUGCAGAAGUGUGAAAUCACAAUGAUCUUUUUUUAUAUUGAUGAAAGAAAAAUAAACUGGUGCUUUUGGUAAUGAAGGUUGACAA